AUGAUCAGAGAAAUAAAUGGAGAUAUCCUAGAGAUUACCCCUAUCGGGGCUGGAAAUGAAGUAGGAAGAAGCUGAGUCCUCCUUACAUACAAAAACAAAAAAAUAUUGUUUGAUUGUGGUAUCCAUCCAGCCUACCAUGGAGUGUAUGCUUUGCCUUACUUUGAUUUCAUUGAUCCAAGUGAGAUUGAUAUUUUACUGGUGACUCAUUUCCAUAUUGACCACUGUGGAGCACUACCUUACUUCCUUAGAAGGACUGGGUUUAAAGGAAAGGUUAUCAUGACUCACCCAACUAAGGCGAUCUACAACUAUGUCCUGCUAGAUUAUGUAAAGAUUAGUAAUGUUGGGAACGUAGAUAUUUUGUAUGAUGAAAGCGACCUUAAUUACUCAAUGGACCAGAUUAUUCCAAUCAGGUUCCAUGAAGAAAUGGAAUAUGAUGGAGUCAAGUUCCAAGCUUACAACGCAGGUCAUGUCCUUGGUGCAGCUAUGUUCCUUGUUGAGAUCGAAGGAGUCAGAAUCCUAUAUACAGGAGAUUACUCAAGAGAAGAAGAUAGACAUUUAAGAGCUGCAGAAAUUCCAAAAUGCGAUGUGGAUAUUCUCGUUGUUGAAGCUACAUAUGGUAAGAAUAUCCAUGAGCCAAGACAAAUGAGAGAGGACAAGUUUAAAUACAGAGUUCAUGAUAUUAUUAACAAAGGCGGAAGAUGACUACUUCCAUGUUUUGCACUUGGGCGUGCUCAAGAACUACUUCUCAUUCUAAAUGAAUAUUGGAAAGAACAUGAGGAGUUGAAAGAUGUUCCGAUUUAUUAUGCAGGAUCUCUUGCACAGAAAAGUCUCAGUGUCUUCAGAACUUACAGGAAUAUGAUGGGUGAAGUUGCUAGGAAGAAGAUUGACCAAGGAGAAAAUCCAUUCCAUUUUGAAGACAGUCAAAAUUACACAGAGAAGAAACCUUUAGUGAUUAUGGCUACACCAGGAAUGCUCCAAAAUGGUCUCUCAAGAGAUCUAUUUGAGGAGUGGUGUGAAGAUGAGAAAAACGGCAUCAUUUUCACUGGAUACAGUGUUGAAGGAACUUUGGCUAAGCAAGUUAUGAACAAACCAAGUGAAAUUAAGAUUGGGGAUAAAAACAAAACGCUCAAACUGAAUAUGACAGUUGAGGUGAUCAGUUUCUCUGCUCAUUGCGAUUUCAAACAAACAUCCCACUUCAUCAAAGAGAUAAAACCUCCAAAUAUCGUCUUGGUUCACGGUGAUCAGAAUGAAAUGGCAAAACUUAAGAAGGAGCUUGAUAUAAUCUACAAAGAAGAGAUCAAUGUACUGGCUCCAAGGAACUGCCAGCCUGUGAAAUUUAGCUUUGUUACAGAUAAGUCAUCCAAAAUGCUUGGGAAAGCUAAAGACACUUUUGAUAACUUCCUUAACACAGAUGGAGGAUUUAAGAUUAACAGAGAUACAUUUGAAAGUAUCACCAAGAAUCUUUCCCAAGAAGAGAACAAGAUUGAUAACAAAAUGCUUCAAAUUGAUCAUGAAGCAAGAAAUCCUGAAGAGAUGAAAUCCCAGCAGAUAGAAGAAGACGCAAUCAUGAAGGAGUUCAAUGACAACAUGGUCACUAUUGAGGGACUUUUUGUCGAAAACAAGCUUGAAAAUAUGAUUAUUGACGAGACAGAGAUUAACGAAUUUACCUCUCUUUCAAAGAAUUUUGUAUCGCAGCAGCAGGUUAUCCCUUAUAAAUAUGACCCUGAAUUCUUAAUCGAAGCUUCAAGAGACCUCUUUGACUCAGUAGAACUCCUUAGCGGGAAUCUUGAAGAUCUUGAAAAUGAUAUUAUUUUGAAGAUCGAGGGAAUUGAUGUGGUGUAUAGAAGAAAAGCAGAAUGUUUGGAACUAUCUUGGAAUAGCAGUCCUAAAUGUGACCUUAUCACUGACGCUAUCGGACUUCUAGCUAUCCAAUUAUCCAACAACCCUCCAGCUAACAUGGUCAAAAGUAUGGUCAAUCACCGUAAAGAGAAGAAGCACUCUGUUGAGCAAUUCAAGGUUUUCCAGAAGAUUUUAAGAGAGCAUUGUGAAGAAAUCAAGAUUAAUGAGAAUAAUAUCAUCGAAAUUUACGAUUGAGACCAGGAGCUUAUUGCUGAAGCGGAUUACUUCAAGAAGACUGUUAUUUGCCAAGAUAAUUCCAUUGAGACUCAUAUCAUGGAUCUUCUAAACAUCCACCACCACUCCUGUGUUCCAAUGGAUGGAUGCUGAUAAUUUUUAUGAAAUUACUCUUAAAUAA